UAAAGGAUAGGAUAGGAACAUAAAAAAUCGUCCAAUUUCUGACUGAAUAUGUUUCUUUAUGUUUCAGGACCUCCCGGGAAGCGAGGAAGAAGAGGCCGUGAUGGAGAACCUGGACCUCCUGGCCCUCCAGGUCCAAAGGGGGAUAAGGGGGAUCAAGGUGACCAGGGACCUCGGAUGGUCUUCCCAAAGAUCAAUCAUGGCUUUCUUUCCGCUGACCAGCAGCUCAUAAAGCGGCGGCUCAUUAAGGGAGAUCAGGGCCAAGCGGGACCRCCCGGGCCUCCAGGGCCACCUGGUCCUCCUGGACCGAGAGGCCCUCCGGGGGACACGGGAAAAGAUGGACCCAGAGGUCUGCCAGGUCUACCUGGUGAUCCAGGACAGUCAGGAGAAGCAGGACCUAUGGGGCCUGAGGGGCCACAGGGGCCAAUGGGAUCACUCGGACCUCCUGGUGUCGACGGGCUGAAGGGGGAUGUUGGCAUCCCGGGACUGGACGGUAUUCCAGGGGUCAAGGGUGAAAAGGGAGACAUGGGUGAAAAGGGCGAUAUGGGUGAGGACGGACCGAAAGGUGACAUGGGGGAGAAGGGAGAUGCUGGCUCCUCUGCGGCAGGCAUCAAGGNUGAACCUGGAGAACCUGGUCGAAGCGGACUGAAGGGAGAACCAGGACUACCAGGGCUGCCUGGACUCCCAGGAAUAAAGGGCGAGCCUGGAUUUUUGGGCCCCCAGGGAGAACCGGGGCUUCCAGGACUGCCAGGCACCAAGGGGGAGAGAGGUGACCACGGACCACCUGGGAAGGGCGAGCGAGGAGACAUCGGACCUGUUGGGCCAAAGGGUUCACAAGGAGAGGCUGGUGUGCCCGGUUCCAAAGGGUCAAAGGGGGAGACUGGAGAUAAAGGAGACUUGGGAUCUGUUGGUCCAAAGGGUCCUCCUGGUCCACCUGGACCAAUGGGACCACAGGGAAUAAAGGGGGAUCGUGGUUUGCCCGGUCUUCCUGGACUUGAUGGUGAAAGAGGCUAUAAAGGUUCGAAGGGAGACAUGGGGAUGCCUGGGGCCUCCGGAGAGAAAGGAACCACUGGAUUACCUGGUUUACCUGGUGUCAAUGGGGCAAAAGGAGAUAAAGGAGAUGCAGGAAUGCCUGGUCCACAAGGUCCAUCUAUUGUYGGACCUCCUGGGCCACCAGGACCUCAUGGGCCCCCAGGACCUAUGGGACCUCAUGGAUUUCCUGGUGCAAAGGGAGAACCAGGUCUGCAUGGUCUGAAGGGAAUGAGAGGAGAACCAGGACACAAAGGAGAUCGUGGACCGUUGGGCCUCCCUGGAGCCUCCGGCUUGGACGGCAAGCCCGGAAUUAGGGGCAUGGACGGGCCGCCGGGUCCAGCUGGUCCAGCUGGACCAAAGGGUGACAUAGGGGAAAAAGGAGGACCGGGUGAACCAGGACCGCGAGGUCCUUAUGGAUUACCG